AUGGUUGAUUAUGCUUUGGCUAGUCAUGGAGCUGGAACUCUUAUUGAUCGUGAUAUAUUUGAAACACGACAUUGGCCAAUGAGUGAUGAGGUUGAUAUUAAAAAUCCCUAUAAACAUUGUUGUUGUACAAUGAUUAUGAAAUGCCCAAUGCACGAGGAUUAUACAACAUAUAAAUUUCUUAUCACUGAUCCAUUAUCAAUCGAGUUUUCGUUAAAACAUCCAGCUGGUAAAUAUCAAAUAUAUCAUGAAUUACUUGAUCGUUAUCCACAUUAUCAUCUGAGAGGUUCGGCAAAGACCGGUGAUACAUUUUAUAGACACAAGGAAGCACGAUGGAAUUAUACACCAUCGUAUCGGCUAUGUUCUAAUGAAUUAUUCAACAAGCAAGUCCAGUGGGAAUUAAAACGAGAUCCCAAGGAAGAUGCGAGAGAGAUAAGACCUGCAUCAGCACCAGUUUUAACUACCAGUGGUUAUCUACCACCGUUAUCAACAAAGAAACCAACACGAACGUAUCAUCGAAAUAAUUACUUCUAUAACAUGGCACUGUAA